GAGGUGGCCGGCGGGGACCCGGUGCUGCUGGAGAUGGAGCAGCUCCGGCGGCAGGUCGAGGACCUGCGGAAGCAGAACGAGGAGCUACGGAAGUUCUCUUCGUCGUGCGCAACCUCGCCGCCGCUGCCCGGCGGCCGCGGCGGCCAGUCACCAGAUUCGGCGCCCCCGUCCACCGCCUCGCCGCGCAGCGGCGCCCUCUCGCCCGACUCCGCGCGCUGCUGCCCCGCUGGGCUGCCGGAGGCGAGGCUCCCGCAUCCGCCGACGGAGCUCGAGCGGAUGCUCCUGCGGCGCCGGGAGCGGAUCCUGGACAAAGUUUCGAAGGCCGACCCGGAGCUCGUGGCAGCGCAGGCCGCCCUGGAGACUGCGGCGCAGUGAGGGGCGCGCCGCUGGCGGACCUGGCCUGGCUCACUGGCCCCCUAACCGGGCCCAGCAGCCUCAAGCCGUUCUGGCGGAGACCACCCAGGAGUUGCCGCCCUGAGUUGUCCCGCGCAGCGAGCGCUCGAUGCGCCCAAGUCGCCGACAGCGCCAGAAGCACCGGAGGUCUUGAGCCCGGGGCGUGGUCUUCCUAUAACGCGUCGGCCAGCAGGUUGGCGACCGUUGUCUCAAUCCAAUUCGCGCGAGCUUGCACGGAUCCAUGUAUCAUAGGGACGCCAUCUGUCAGAUGAGAAGAUUUGGUGGCCCCGCGCUCGUGGGAGCGGCCCCCUUCUAGGUGCGCGGCGCUCGGAGGGGGCGCGGCAGGGCCGGCGCGCCGCGCGCCCACGGGUGGCCCACCGCGCCGGCGGCCGCCUCCCGCGCACGGCCGAGCGCUGCCGCCCGGCGCAGGCCUGAAGGGGCCCCCCC